UCAUCACGAUCAGCUUUUCAUCUUGACGAUCUUCACGGUCUUGACCAACGUCGUCAACAUUGGGUUGGGCCGGAUAUGUCAGAUCCGUGCGAACGGUGCGAACUCUGCGAAUGACUAAGAUGUUUGUGCGUAUGUGUUAGUUCGUGGACUUGACGGACUUGACAGCAUAAACGGUGGAACUUUUGGUUGAGAAUUAUCAGCAAUGGGGAGUCAAGGUGAUAAGCUGGAUAUCAUAAUAUUUGGUGCAACAGGGUUCACUGGAAAAGUUGUCGUGUAUGAAAUGGUUAAGUUAGCCAAGGAGAAGGGUGUCAAGUGGGGUAUUUCCGGAAGAACUAGGAAUAAGUUGGAGGAUGUACUAAAGGAGGUUGGAGAAAAAACAGGUGAAGACCUUGCUGGAGUCAGAAUUGUACUGGCAGAUGUGAAUGAUGCAUCAUCUCUUCAGAAUAUGGCUUCUCAAGCCCAUGUUGUUGUUAACUGUGUUGGACCAUACAGAUUAUAUGGAGAAGCCGUUGUGAGUGCUUGUAUAGCAAGUGGAACUCACCAUGUGGAUGUGAGCGGUGAGCCUCAAUACAUGGAGAAGAUGCAGCUGGAAUAUCACAAGGCCGCUGAAGAGAAAGGAGUGUAUGCCAUAAGCUCCUGUGGGUUUGACAGUAUUCCAGCUGAUCUUGGGACAGUAUAUUUGAUGAACAAAUUUAAAGGAGAUCUGAACUCUGUGGAGACUUACCUUACAUUUGGAGCUACUGGACCAGUGCAGGGUGCAUCCAUACACUAUGGUACCUGGGAGUCAGCUGUCUAUGGUUUGGCUCAUUACAGUGAACUGUCACCUCUUCGUCAGAAAUUGUUCCCUGAACGUUUGCCAGAGUUUACCCCAAAGUUAAAACGAAGAACGCUGUUUAAGAAUGAGCGUAUUGAUGGAUGGUGUGUGCCAUUCCCUGGCUCUGACAGAUCCGUGAUGUUGCGUUCACAAAGGUACUUCUUUGAACAAGAAAAACUGCGACCUGCCCAGGUCCAAACAUACAUGAUCAUCCAGUCAGUUCUUACUUUGUUUGCUGUUGGUGUUCUUGGACUUAUCUUUGUACUCCUUUCCAAAUUCCAGUUUGGAAGAAGGCUUUUGCUGGAGUAUCCAAGGCUGUUCAGUGCUGGAGCAGUAUCUCAUGAGGGACCAUCUGAAGAGAACAUGAAGAAUUCAUAUUUCAGCCUAACACUGUUUGGCGAAGGCUGGAAAGAGAGAUUAUCAGAACCGACAGAUGAACAUAAUUUGCCUCCCAACAAACAUGUUGUUGUCAAGGUAUCUGGUAAGGAUCCAGGUUAUGGAUUGACUGGUGUGAUUCUGCUCCUUACAGCAGUCACCAUCUUGAAGGAGAAUGAUAAGAUGCCUGGCAGGGGUGGUGUGUACCCUCCAGGGGCAGCAUUUGCAAAGACAUCCCUCCUUGAGGAGUUGGAUAAGCAUGGCUUAAAAUUUGAAGUUGUGUCCUCAACAGAGAAUUAGAGUUGAUGACUGGGGGUUAUGUUGUGUUUACCAAGUUUACCAAGCAAAUACUUAAUCAAAGUCUAAUCAGUCAGCAUUUAUUAUGGUUUAGGAGUUACUUGGGUAACUUAACUGGUGUAUGUAUAAUGAACCCUUCUGUUUGUUUAAAUAAUAUGAGUUACUGGAUAUUUAACAUGCAAAAUUCCAAUUUAUAAUCAUUUUAUUGCCUUAUUUCAUAGAAAUUUGAGAAGAUGGGGACUACUUUUAAUAUCCUGUAAGACAGAAAUGCAUUUAAUGCUUGCCUGUAUUGCUUUACUCACAAUAAACUAGUGUAGCCACAGCAGUUUUGAAAUGUUUCCAUCAGCUGUUAAAAUAUUCAUGACAUGCUGAGUUAUUGAAACAUAUUUUUUGGAGCAUUGACAUAAAGUGUGAACUCAUAAAACAAUUUUGUUACUUUAUGUGUACACUCAUUGUAAUUUGUUCCUGACUGUAGUGUGGCAGGUUUUGCUUGAGAACCACUGAACUAGUCCUUUGCAGAGCUACAAUGAUCUUUGUUGAUACUAAGUGUGGAAGAGUUGGAGAUAUGUUUUGUGGCUUUGUAAUUGUAAUCUGCUGAUGCCUAGACCUUUCAUGCCAACUCCUAAGCAACUGCUUUAAUAGGCUACAUGAAAAUAUUUAAUAUAAUGUGUGCCAGAUUCUCAUUUUUGCAUAUGUAAGGUAAUAUAUUAAAUCAGUACAUUCUUUGUGAUAGUACAGAAAUCUGCUAUUUUCAUCUUCUCCAUAUUUUUGCAUAUGAGAAAUGUAUUUCAUUGAAUAUUAAUAAAGAAUCAUAAUUG